GAUGAAGAGAGAGAGCAGAGAGAGAGAGAAACGGCAUCCGAUUAAUCGCUUCUCACUAGGAACACACACGGUGCGUGGAUCCAUCCCCUGGCCACGACGGAGCUCGAAUUGGAGUCUAGAUUCGAGAAUUGUCAGAUCCUUCGUCCUCCAGGGAUGAAUCGCGUCGGGAGUGGCGCAUCCCCGUCGUCAUUGUCGCUGCAGCGCCAGGCCAGCUCGACGCUGCCCAGGGUGCUCAGCGGGAAGACGGUCGAGGAGGUGUGGAAGGAGAUCCAGCAGGGGCAGAAGAAGAGGAGCGGGUCGGAGGUGAGGGGUCAGGGUGGGGACCAGAACCUCGGCGAGAUGACUCUAGAGGAUUUCUUGGUGCAAGCCGGGCUUUUUGCCGAUGCUUAUUUGGGUCCUUCAAUGGAUCUAAACCUCUCGGAGCCAGCAACUCCUCAGAGUGUUACCCCGCCGCUCGGUUUGUCUCCGGCUCCUUCAACGGGCCUGCUAUCGGAUACGUCGGUGCCUAGGCGGAAAAGGGGUGACCCAGUUGCAUAUGAAAGGACACUUGAAAGGAGGUUGAGGAGAAAGAUCAAGAACAGAGAGUCGGCUGCACGUUCACGAGCUAGAAAGCAGGCUUACCAAAAUGAGCUGGUGAACAAGGUUUCACAUCUAGAAGAGGAGAACAUAAAGCUAAAGAAUGAGAAGAUUUCACACUCAGGCAAAUGCUUCUGCAUAAUAAGGGCCAAACUAUGUGAGGCAGAGUUUAGUUCCAUCUUACUAAUUUUUAUGAUUGGGGUGUCCUGUUUCUGGGAAUCUUAUCCACGUGUCUGUGUACGAGUGAUUAGCGACUUUUAAAAACUUCAGGCAUGCCACAAUGAUUAUAGUGUUUGUCAUGGGAACUAAGAACUUGUUCCACGGAUCUAUGGAUUCUCCCUUUAUCCUAAAACCUAUUUUGUUGUGGCCUUUCCUAUCAGUUGUUGAUCUCCUUCUUGCAUAAGACUUAGUCGACUGGACACUAGGUGUUGGUGCUAUGACUACUAUAUGACUAAUGACUCUCUUUCAGGGACUAAAAUGAUGAGACUUUCAAGAUAUGUUGUAACCUUAAUCACUGUGUAUGGUUUUCUUGUACUUCUAUAAUGAUAAAAUCCACUGGCAAGAGUACCUUGUCUAUCACGUGAGAACACGGAUGAAAUCCAAUUUGUUAUCAAAUUGAUGGGCGUUUCUAUACGGAGACAUGUUAGUUUUGGUAUUGCUUAGGUGGGCUGUUUGAUGUCACAAGAGUUGCUUCGGUUUUUGGACAUUAUCUAUGAUUUUAUACGUCCAUAAAAACUUAGUAUAAGUUGAUGCUGUUUAUUUAUAGACUUUGCAAAUGGGCCACGAAUCACAAUAUUGGCUGUGGUUACUGGUUUGUGCCUCAAUUAGACUAUAUAAGAAUCAACUUUGGAAGAAUUAAACAAUUUUAGUAAAAGAACCAUUUAAUUUUGACAAGGUAUUAAUGUUUGAGAUACUUCAUGCAAUGAAAAUGAGGAUGAAUUAUGAGUCAGUAAUUCUCUCACCAGUGGGGCGCCUGAAUCGAGAUUUGUGACGUAGAGGACUAAGACAGUCUUUUAGGGGAUAACAGCAUCUGUUAUUUAGCAUGGCUAUGUGGUGUGAAUAUUAUAAAUAAAUUACCGUUUUUCAGUGAUUGUCUUGAUAAUAUGCUUUCACUUUUGAAAUGUUGCAGCCACCGAUCUCAGUUACGCUUAGAUGCUUUUUCUAUAUAAAAUAGGAUUUUCCAUAUCUGUAAUUGCCCCUUUUUUUUCUAUUGUUCUGCCUAGCGUCCAUUUGCUACCAUAUCUGUUAUUGCCCCUUUCCUUUUCUAUUGUUCUGGCCAUCUUCCAUUUGCUCAGAGGAGCGUGCACUAUUUCAGUGGCUGUGAAAUUUAGUGUCUUAAAGUUUGGCCAAAGAAAAAAAGUUUGUGUGCUGAAGAAAGAUUUGUCAGUCAGUUUAGGUUGAUGGGCACUUGUGUAGCAGCUUGUAACCAUUGCGGAAUGGCAUCAAAAUAUAUCAUCUACCUUCCUGAUGGGAGGAUAUCAAAUCAUUUUAUGUCCUCUUUGUAAUUUUGGCCUUAUUAAUCUACGGAAUUUAAUGGU